CCGUCCGUUCGGGUACACCACACCACACCGGCUAGUUACGGUUACGGCGGCGAGGAGCGUGGGUAGCUGGAGCUGCGGCGAGCAAAGUGGAGCGUGCUGUUCUAGUGACCGUGGCCGAACUAUAGCUAAUGUGAGGUUUGGUGUAUAAAAGCAGUCGUGAAACACAAGCUGCCCCGAGUCCCUCACUCGAGCCAAGAAGAAGGCCAAAGCAAACCAACCAUCAAGUCAUCCAUCGGCCAAGACGAUGGCCGUCCUCACCGCCGCCUCCACCACGCUCCCGCUGCUGCUCCUCGUCUGGCUAUGGCUCCCGCUCCUCGCGUCCGCCUGCGACCGCUGCGUGCGCCACUCCAAGGCCGCCUACUACACCUCCUCGCUCACCCUCGCCGGUGGCUCCUGCGGGUACGGCACCGAGGCCGCCUCCUUCAGCGCCGGCUUCCUCGCCGCCGCCAGCCCCGCGCUGUACCGCGCCGGCGUCGGCUGCGGCGCCUGCUUCCAGGUGCGGUGCAAGGACAAGAAGCUCUGCGCCGCGGCGGGCGCCAGGGUGGUGGUCACGGACCGCGCCAGGACCAACCGCACCGACCUCGUGCUCAGCAGCACCGCGUUCGCGGCCAUGGCGCGCCCCGGCGUGGCCAAACGUCUCGCCGCCCUCCGCACCGUCGACGUCGAGUACAAAAGGGUGCCGUGCGAGUACAAGCACAGGAACCUGUCGGUGAGGGUGGAGGACAAGAGCCGCGCUCCGGGCGACCUCGCCAUCAGGUUCCUCUACCAGGGCGGCCAGACCGACAUCGUCGCCGUCGACGUCGCGCAGGUGGGUUCGUCCAACUGGAAGUUCAUGACGCGCGACAACGGGCCGGCGUGGAGCACGAGCCAGGCGCCGCCGGGGCCGCUCCAGCUCAGGGUGGUGGUGACGGGCGGCUACGACGGCAAGUGGGUGUGGGCCGACCGCGAGGUGCUGCCGCGGCGGUGGCGCGCCGGCGAGGUCUACGACACGGGCGUCCAGAUCACUGACAUCGCCCAGGAGGGCUGCUUCCCCUGCGACACGCACGAGUGGGAGUGAACGGCACAAGCCAGAAGCAGAAGCUGGAACGGGAAUUGGCCCGAGGUGGCCCUGAAUUCCACUGUAGAAUUGCUCUAGCUCCUCUGUGUCGCUGCCUUUUUGGCUGGGCCUUGGUCACCGGAGGACUUGAGAGAGAGACGACUAACAGAUGCUGACAGAGUGGCACACGAGAGGAGGAAUCCCCUCUCUCUCCCCUGUACAGUAGUAGCAGUAGUAGGGUCCCGGCGGACGCCAGAAAAAAUAAUGAAACGAAAGAACGGCCGCCUUGAGCGAGCGUGAAGCAACGAGCAACUUCGCCGCCGGCCAUGGCCGAUUUUCAACCGGAUCACAUGGCUCGUCUCGUCGUCGUUGCUUCUGCCAACGUACUUCUCGCAUGUCUGCCUUUCUGUUCCCUGCCUCGUUUGAGCUGUCUGUAAUGUACAGAACAGAACGCUGACGUUGGUGGAUAAGCUCUGUUAGGCUUGCUGAUUUUUGGCAUAAUUUGUUACGAGCUCGACUGUAGUAAUAAUUGAUAUCAUAAUACAGUUGGGAGGGACACACCGGUUGUUUGCAGUUA